AUGGCCGACGCCAGCCUGGCGAGCAGGUUUCGUGCCCCUGCAGAGUGCCAGGAGAAACUUGCCGAAUUACACAAGCGAUUCGCUUUCAGCGAGGUCGAAUUUGAGUGCUUCGAAGCCAAUGCUGGCUCACUUACCACCACCAAGCUGCCGCAGUUUGAGGCUUACCUGCAGAAGGAGAAGGAGAGAAAAGCGCCAAAGAAGCCGGUGGUUCGCCCGCAAGCACGGCCUUUGGGAGGCGACAUCGCCCUGAAACGUCAGUGGCCUGGGCAGGCAUCAACUUCACAGCCCAAACGGGCACGGGAGGCUGAUGCGAAGGAAGAGCCAAGAGGGGCGCUACAGAAUACUCCUAUGCAGCCAGGAGCAACUGCACCUAGGGCACCAAUGCAGGUUUCAACGAAGAGUAGCAAUGCUUCCAACCUGGACAGACCGACUCGGUCUGUGCUCCCUGUGAAGGUGCAGGAAGCACCAGGUUCCCAGAAAGUCACAUCCUACAGAUGGAUCAAUGAGACCAUCGCAGCCCGCGCCGCACUUCGUGACGAGAGACUGCAGGAAUGGGAAGCUUUGGUCGUCUCGGAGAUGCAGAUCCGAGCUCCAGAGGUAGCUGUGGGUACAGUGGGUGUUCCCUGUCAGAGCGAGAGCAUCCUCUUCGGCCGCAUCGCGUGUGAGGGCUUUGAGGGCCGCCUGAACGACCGCUCUAUCAUGCUGGAGGGGCCAAGCGUUGCCAACACCAAGGUGCGCUUGAACGUUGCAGACUGCAAGCAGAUUGCGGCGUUUCCUGGGCAGAUAGUCGGUGUUGUCGGCCGCAGCGGCAUGACUGGCAGCACCUUCCAUGUUAGCGAUUUUUUGCCAGGACUUCCGAUCCAAGGAGAAGCCAUGGCGCCAGAGUCGUCUCUGCAUGCCAUGAUUGUGGCCGGCCCGUUCAGCCAACGUGACCGACUCGACUUCACAGCUUUGCAGAGUGCAUUGGCUCACGCCCAGAUCGAGCGUCCGCAGGUCUUGAUCCUUCUCGGGCCUUUUUUGGAUGCAAGCAACACGAAGGUCAUGGAAGGAGAAGCCAGCCUUUCAGGCAGCGAGGAGCCGGCCUGCCUCGAGGAGGUGUAUGUCCACUUGUUUGCAGAGCUGCGAAAGGGAUUGGAGCCGCUUCGAGCUGCCAGACCAGCAACACAGGUCUUCAUCCUCCCUUCUCUGGAGGAGGCUGUAAACUUUCAUCCGCUCCCGCAGCCACCGAUGGAUAUCAUGCUUGCACAAUGGUUGGAAGAAGAAGCUACCGAUCUACUGCAAUUGCAGCAGAUGGGAGUGCGGUUCUUAUCUAACCCUGCUCAUGUUGAGAUCAAUGGCAUCAAGGUGAGCAUCACCUCUGCGGAUGCGCUCAGCCCAAUACUCCGUGAAAUGGUACUGCGCCCAGAAGGCCGGAAAGUCGAGGAGGCAUUGCAGCUUCUGCUCAAGCAGAGAUGCUUGUUUCCUGCUGUGCCUCGCGACCCAGCUCAGGUGUACGAGGUCAAAGCGAAAGCUUUGGACUUCCCCUGGGAUGGCAUUGCACCGCAAAUCUGCAUAUUUCCCUCCCCUUUGGCCGUCAUGAACGGGGCCGUUGUCGAGAACACACUCUUCGUAAAUCCUGGAACUUUGUGUCGACAGGCUGCUUUGGGCUCCUUUGCCGAGCUGUGGAUCCAGCCUGCUGAGGGUGUUUCGACAAUGAAGGAUCGGGUGCGGCUGGAUCUCAAGAAACUAGGUUAG